UCCAGCCGCAAAUAAGCUGAGCUGGCAACACUGCCAACAACAUUUUCACAUAAUCGACAGCAACAAAAAGCCAAACCUCUCAGUAAUUUCUACUAAAUUUAAGGAAAUCGCGCACCGAAAAUGGCCGAAAAAUCGGAAUAGCCCAACGCGAAGGGUUGAAGUGCGUGCGCGACAGUGCAACAAGUGGAAAAGAGCGAGAGAGAAAGCAGAAGGCAGCGAUUUGUCAACAACAAAAAGAGAAGAAAAAGAAAAAAACGGAGGAAAAAGAAGAAAAGAAAUAAGUGCCGUGUGUUGAAAACGCGAAAAAGGCGAGAACAAAGAGCCAAAACGGUGGAAAUUGUGUGGGGAAACGCUGGCCCGAAAGCUCCAAGUUGGCCGCCAUCAAUUCGUGUGUAGGAUCAAUUAAAAUUCCGUGAGGCCAGGCCAGGCCGGCCGAGAAUCAAAUCAAAUUAAAAAUCAACUAAUAUUUUGAUAUUCAGAUAUUCAAAUGAAAUUCAUUCAUCGCCUGGGACUUUGUGCGGAUCUGGGCAACUAUUUUCGAAUUUGAAUUGUGUCUGCGGUCCGAGCAGAAUCUGUGAUAAAGCAGAAAUACAAAAAAGUAACAAAUACAAAAAUACAAAUAAAAUGUGAAGAGAAAUAUUUACAUGCGAAAUGAAUGUUGGGCGAGAGAAGUUUUUUGUUAUAAAUGCAAAUGCGAAAUGGAAGAAUUCUCCUUCAUCCGCGCGAGUGAUAAAUAAUCCGACGACAAACAAAAGCAAAAGCCCAGGCCAGGCCCACACCGCGAGAAACGGGGGGUGACAGCAGUGAGCAGCAGUGAGCAGUAAGCAGUGAGGAGCAGCGAGCAGCAGUGUCGGGAGCAGUGCAAACACAUUUAUCUUUAUUGAGAGCAACAAUAUCAAGAUCGAGAUAAUAAAGCAUCGUAAACCUUCGCAUACCCGAGACUAAGUAGUUCAUUAUAAAGUCCAAGUCUCCACAAAUAUUCACAUAAUUGAAAUGCAAAAAAGUGCCUGUUGAGAAAGAAACGAGAAAAGGUGGAAUAAUUUUUUUAUAAACCAUCAAAUUAAAUAAUAAUAAUACCUGGAAUAACGCGAAAAAUACAAAUUUAUUUAAAUUCCAAUCCCUGGAAGCCGAUGUGCCCCAGUGUCGUGUGUGUGUGCUGUGCUGUGUGUGUGCGAGGGUUUAUCGAGCAUUUUGUGAUAUGAGUGCUAAAUAUCAAAAGAAGCAGCAGCAGCAGAAUGCAUCCAGCGGGCGAAAAAAGGGGCGGUCGCCCCAAUGAUAAAUACACGGCGGAAGCCCUCGAGAGCAUCAAGCAGGACCUAACGCGAUUUGAACUACAAAAUAACCAUAGGAAUAAUCAGAAUUACACAGCUCUGCGAUACACGGCGACAAAUGGACGCAACGAUGCACUUACUCCGGACUACCAGCAUGCCAGGCCACCGAUGGAGCCGCCGCCCUCGGCGUCGCCCUCACCGGACGUAUCCAGUCCGCCGCCACCCGCCAUUGUAGGUCAGCCAGGAGUUGGAGUCGGAGUGGGAGUGGGUGUAGGAGUGGGCGUGGCGCUGCAGGCGAAUGGACAUGUGCCAAAGAUGAUGACCGCCUUGAUGCCGAACAAGCUGAUCCGGAAACCGAGCAUCGAACGCGAUACGGCGAGCAAUCACUACCUGCGCUGCAGCCCGGCGCUGGACUCCGGGGCGGGCAGCUCACGCUCCGAUAGUCCACACUCGCACUCGCACAGCCAUGCCCACAAUACCCACACCCUCUCCCACCAUGUCCAUCAGCCUAGCUCACGACCGGGCGGAAAUGGCGUCAAUCCUGGCUUCUCUCCGUCGCCCAGUGGCUUCAGCGAGGUGGCACCACCGGCGCCGCCACCACGCAAUCCCACCUCUGUCACCAGUGCGGCCACGCCACCACCCCCGGCCGUAGUCGUCGGGAGUCAGGCGUAUGUAAAGCGGCGUUCUCCAGCCCUGAAUCGGCCGCCGGCGAUAGCACCGAUAGCUCCGAGUAGCGCCUCGCAGCGCGGCACCUCGCCGGUGAUCACCCAGAACGGUAUCAAGACCCAGCAGCAGCAACAACAGCAGUUGUCGCAGCAGCAGCAACUAACGCAGCAGAUGAAGGCACUGACCAUGUAUCCGGGCGGGAACAGUGGGGCUGUGGUGGAGCCACCGCCACCAUAUCUUAUCCAGACGGGUCAGGGAGUAGUAGGAGCACCGCCACCGCCGCCGCCCAGUUACACGGCGUCCAUGCAAUCCCGUCAGUCGCCGACGCAAUCGCAGCAAUCGGACUACAGGAAAUCCCCGAGCAGCGGUAUCUACUCGGCCACGUCGGCGGGAUCGCCCAGUCCCAUUACUGUAUCCCUGCCGCCGGCACCGCUGGCGAAGCCCCAGCCCAGGGUAUACCAAGCGCGGACACAGCAGCCGAUCAUCAUGCAGAGCGUGAAGAGCACCCAGGUGCAGAAGCCAGUGCUUCAAACGGCGGUGGCUCCUCAGUCGCCGUCAAGUGCGUCGGCGAGCAACUCGCCGGUCCAUGUACUGGCGGCUCCCCCCUCAUAUCCCCAGAAGUCAGCGGCAGUGGUGCAGCAGCAGCAGCAAGCGGCAGCAGCGGCACAGCAGCAGCAGCACCACCACCAGCAGCAUCAGCACCAGCAGUCCAAGCCACCGACGCCAACCACGCCGCCUCUGCUUAGCGGAGGAGGAGUGGUCAAGCCUACCUGCAUAGAGCCGCCUUCGUAUGCCAAGAGCAUGCAGGCCAAGGCAGCCACCGUGCAGCAAGUACAGCAGCAGGUGCAGCACCAGCAGCAGCAACAUCAGCAGCAACCGCCGCAAUUCCAGGCCUUGAGGGCCCUCCAGGCUCAACGGGAACGGGAUCAGCGAGAGCGGGAACAGCAGAUGCAGCAGCAGCAGCAACAACAACAGCAGCAGCAGAAGCUUACCAAUGGCAAUCCCAGUCCUAAUCCCCGACAGCUUCCGCCACCGCCGCCAUAUCAGAGCAACAACAAUAAUCCAGAGAGCAAACCACCUCCGCCGCCGAGCAACUGCAACAACAAUAACAUUCAGAUCAGCAACAGCAAUCUGACGACGACGCCACCAAUACCACCAGCGAAAUACAAUUCCGGAACGGGAGCCAACAGCUCUGGUGGCAGCAAUGGAUCCGCUAGCACCACCGCCUCGUCGUCUGCCUGCAAGAAGAUCAAGCACGCCUCGCCUAUUCCGGAGCGCAAGAAGAUAUCCAAGGAGAAGGAGGAGGAGCGCAAGGAGAUUCGCAUUCGACAGUACUCGCCUCAGGCCUUCAAGUUCUUUAUGGAGCAGCACAUCGAAAACGUGAUCAAGUCGUAUCGCCAGCGAACCUAUCGCAAGAACCAACUGGAGAAGGAGAUGAUCAAGGUAGGACUUCCGGAUGAAACGCAGAUUGAGAUGCGGAAGAUGCUGAACCAAAAGGAGAGCAACUACAUUCGGCUGAAGCGUGCCAAGAUGGACAAGAGCAUGUUCGUCAAGCUAAAACCGAUUGGUGUGGGCGCCUUUGGCGAGGUGACCCUUGUCCGGAAGAUCGACACCUCGCAUCACCUGUACGCGAUGAAAACCCUGCGCAAGGCCGAUGUCCUCAAGCGGAACCAGGUGGCCCAUGUCAAGGCCGAAAGGGAUAUUCUCGCCGAGGCCGAUAACAAUUGGGUGGUGAAGUUGUACUAUAGCUUCCAGGACAAGGAUAAUCUGUACUUUGUGAUGGACUAUAUACCGGGUGGCGAUCUUAUGUCGCUGCUCAUCAAGCUGGGCAUCUUUGAGGAGGAACUGGCCAGAUUCUACAUAGCCGAGGUCACCUCCGCCGUUGACAGCGUCCACAAAAUGGGCUUCAUUCACAGAGACAUCAAGCCUGACAACAUACUCAUCGACAGAGACGGACACAUCAAACUCACCGAUUUCGGCCUGUGUACGGGCUUCCGAUGGACGCACAACUCCAAGUACUAUCAGGAGAAUGGCAAUCACUCACGCCAGGAUUCGAUGGAACCUUGGGAGGAAUACUCGGAGAAUGGACCCAAGCCCACGGUGCUGGAAAGGCGGCGAAUGCGCGAUCACCAAAGAGUCCUGGCCCACUCGCUGGUGGGCACUCCCAACUACAUAGCGCCCGAGGUGCUGGAGCGGAGUGGAUAUACGCAAUUGUGCGAUUACUGGAGCGUUGGCGUCAUCCUCUACGAGAUGCUGGUGGGACAGCCGCCCUUCCUGGCCAACAGUCCGCUGGAAACGCAACAAAAGGUCAUCAACUGGGAAAAGACGCUGCACAUUCCCCCGCAGGCUGAGCUAUCCCGCGAGGCCACCGAUCUUAUUCGGCGACUUUGCGCCUCGGCGGACAAGCGGCUGGGGAAGAGCGUGGAUGAGGUGAAGAGCCACGACUUCUUCAAGGGCAUCGACUUUGCCGAUAUGCGUAAGCAGAAGGCGCCGUAUAUACCCGAGAUUAAGCAUCCAACGGACACAUCCAAUUUCGAUCCCGUGGAUCCGGAAAAGUUGCGCUCCAACGAUUCCAACAUGAGCAGCGGCGACGAUAUCGAUCUGAAUGAUCGCCAGUUCCAUGGAUUUUUCGAAUUUACCUUUAGGCGAUUUUUCGAUGACAAACAGCAUCCGGAUAUGACGGACGAUCAGGCGCCGGUCUACGUCUGAGUGUGUGCUGAGAAGAGAUCAUUGUUAGUCAAAUAGUCACAAAAGAAGAGAACGGGUGACUAAAGUAUGAAAACUAUAUAUAUUAUAUAUAAACUAUAGGAGAAAGUAGCUAGCGAAGGAGCAAGAAGAACUACACAUAAUAUGUUAUAAAUAUAUAUGCUUGAGUGCAUGAACUGAAUAAAUUUAAAAAUGAAACGGAA